AUGCCGACCGAACUCGAAGAACUGGUGGAAUUCCUGCACCAUGGCAACACUCAGAUCAGACAGAUUGCCGUCGAAAACCUUGUUGGCUUCUCCACAGCCCAGCCUGAGCUCUUCAAGCGCCACCAACUACUUCCCAUCCGCGAUUUGAAGCUUCUGGCUCGCGAUUACAGCCCAAUUGCGAAAAAUGCAUUAACCAUGCUGGUCAACUUAUCGGGCGACGAAGAGGUGUUAAAACUACUCGCCGAGGAUGACAAGUUUGUUGAGACCUUGCUUGUGAAAUUGACCAACCCCAAAGAGCCCAAUGCCGACGAAGUGGCCAUGCUUUUGGCCAAUCUCGUCAAAUCCGAAACCUUACACAAACUACUCACCCUCAAGCGCAAGGCCCCCGAAUCCGUAUCUACUUCCGAGAACGUGAUCGACCAGAUGAUGGACUGCUUCGUCAAGGGCGCCGAGGGUGAUCUCAAUAAGCACGCCAAUUAUGAUUACCUGUCGUAUCUGUUUGCCGAUCUUUCCCAGACCGAACAGGGCCGGGCCUAUUUCACCGAACGCCAGGAUUACGAUGGAGUGGUCCCAAUCACCAAGCUGACAGUGUUCACGGAGCACCGAAGCGUUAUUCGGAGGAAGGGUGUUGCAUCUACAAUCAAAAAUGUGGCCUUCGAGGUCGAAAAGCACCCAAUGCUCUUCGCCGAGGAUGGGGCCAAUCUCUUGCCUUACUUAUUGCUCCCGCUUGCGGGGCCAGAGGAAUUGUCUGAUGAAGACUCGGCAGAUAUGCUUCCUGAUCUCCAGCUGUUGCCACCGGAUAAGCAACGAGACAGCGACAACACCAUCAUUACCACCCAUCUCGAAACCCUGCUUCUCCUAACCACAACCAAGGAGGGCCGCGAGACGAUGCGAGCAGUCAAGGUUUAUCCUCUGAUUCGCGAAACCCAUUUGCAUGUUGAAGACGAGAAUGUACAAGAAGCAUGUGACCGAUUAGUGCAGGUCCUGAUGCGAGACGAGGAAGGCGAGGGCGAAGGGGAGCAGCCUCAAAUUGAGGCACCCAAGAACGAGGACGAGGAGGUCGUAGAACUCUCCGCGAUUUUCUUCUCGAAUUCCUCAAAUGCACAACAGCUCAAGCUACUGCACGCCCUAACCCGAAAUACUCUUAGGUAUUUCGUCGCCCCACCCACCACGCCAACGGAUAAUAUUCCACUGCGGACGCGGAAGCUGUCUUGUCCCUCGAGCCCGAGGCACAAGAAGCUUCCCGCUGAACCGGAUCGAAUUGAUCCCGAUUUCGAUGGCGACAAUGGAAACUACAACACAGAUAUCGAUAAACUACCGCCCGACGUGAACCCCGAUACAGGGAUUGUUCGGCAUUUUCCGAGCUUCAUGUCGCGUGCCCCUCUUCUCCCCUCGCCGCCCGCACUGGGGUCCUCGUACGGAGCAUUGCAAAGCCCAGACACAGAUUCAGACGGAGAAUCUCCCGUGUACCACGAUAUUAUUGAGGGACUACCACGCAGGAGCUUUGAAUAUGGCACUGGAAGCUCGAGUAAUGGCCCACGGACCAGGAGACAGUCACAUUCAUCUGGCAGGCGGCGGAACAGUACAUAUGCAGAGAGUCGCAAUCGUCGGCCUUCAUCCGCUGCCUCCGAUGUGGGGAUGGGCGCCGAUUCGAAGUACUCGUUUGCUACUGGGUUAGCGGUACCGGGCCAUCCGGUGAUGCAGGAGACACCGGUGUCUUCUCCGUACAUGACUAGUGACGAUGAGGAGGACGUUGACAUCGAUGAUGAGGAUUCAAAAUCUUCGGACGAGGAUCCCCCAGAUAAUUCACCGUAUGCCCAAGUACGAGCUUCGGUCCCGGCAACGGAUAACGUCUCCCUGUCUAUCAACACACCUCGAAUGUGGAUCCUAUCUCUCCUAUUUUCUUUGACAGGAUCGGCAGCCAAUCUUUUCUUUUCUUUGCGCUAUCCCAGUGUAGCCAUCACUCCCAUCAUUGCUCUUGUUCUAGUCCAUCCAUUGGGCAAAUUUUGGGAUGUGCUUUUCAAGCAGACAGGCGACCCGGUUGAAGUUUUUGAGAAUGGAACCCUUCACCACCGAGAAUAUCUUUACGAGAUCGAUGCCUCUCCAAUUCCAUUUCCAUCUCGAGUUAGACUCUGGUUCGCCCAGGGCCGUUGGAACGAGAAGGAGCAUGCUUGCGUCUAUAUCAGCAGCAAUGUUUCAUUCGGGUUCGCUUUCGCAACUGAUGUUAUCGUCGAGCAACAUAAAUUCUACAAGCAGGAUGUCCCAAUCCUGUAUCAGCUGCUACUCAUCAUAUCCACUCAAGUAUUGGGGUAUGCAUUUGCGGGUCUGACCAGACGAUUCCUCGUGCGCCCAUCCGCCAUGAUCUGGCCUGGAACCUUGAUGUCUACCGCAAUGUUCUCUACAAUGCACAAGUCUGUCAACAAAAAGGCAAACGGGUGGAGCAUUUCCCGUUAUAGAUUCUUCAUCAUUGUGUGGGCAGGAGCAUUUCUCUGGUAUUUCGUGCCGGGGCUGUUAAUGCCGGCACUCAGUUAUUUCAACGUGAUUACCUGGUUUGCACCUAAAAAUGUUGUUAUUUCGAACUUGUUUGGUGUCGCCUCCGGUUUGGGAAUGUUCCCUUUGACCUUUGAUUGGGCUCAGAUCGCCUAUAUUGGCUCCCCGUUACUCACGCCCUGGUGGGCCGCAGCUAAUAUUGUGACGGGACUGGUAAUCGUCAUGUGGGCCGUUGCGCCAAUACUCUACUACAAAAAUGUUCUUUUCUCCGCAUAUAUGCCCAUAGUUUCGACGGCGGUGUUUGACAAUACUGGAAAACCCUACAAAGUGAGCCGGAUAUUGACACCGGACUACUUGUUCGAUCAGAAAGCCUAUGAAGACUAUUCACCAGUCUAUCUUCCAAUUACAUAUGUACUGUCUUAUGGGGUUCAGUUUGCUGCUUUGACUUCGCUUGUCACCCACACGGUCUGCUGGUAUGGGAAAGACAUCUGGCAACAGACUCGAAAGGCCUUCGAAGAAAGACGAGAUGUGCCAGCCAUGGAGACGUACCAGCCCCUUCGUGGAAAUAGCACAAGCCGACAGAGUCAUGACAUUCCGGAGACAAAUCACCACCAGAGUCAAGACAUUCCAUUGGGAGGGGAGGAUGUUCAUUGUCGCUUGAUGAGGCGCUACAAGGACGCCCCCAUUGCGUGGUAUCUUAUUGUGCUCAUUUCCACGCUCGCUAUCGCAACCUUCACGGUGGAAUAUUAUCCGACACACCUACCUUGGUAUGGGCUACUCCUAGCUCUUGGCAUUACAUGUGUAUUUUUCAUCCCAGUGGGAAUCAUAAUGGCCAUCACCAAUCAACAUAGCAGUCUCUACCUGAUUUGCCAACUGCUCUGUGGCAUUGUGUUUCCGGGAAGGCCUAUGGCCAACAUGAUUUUCGUGACCUACUCAUACAUCAGCUCUGCACAAGGGAUCAAAUUCUCCUCUGACCUCAAGCUUGGUCACUACAUGAAGAUCCCCCCACGGAUUUUGUUUGGCGUCCAAAUGACGGCGACCUUGGUAUCAAGUCUAACCCAGAUUGGUGUGCUGAACUGGAUGUUCACUUACAUCCCGGGUAUAUGCACUGCCGAAGCCUUGAAUGGGUUCAAUUGCCCCAUUGCUCGAGUCCAUUUCAACGGCAGCGUUCUCUGGGGAGUUGUCGGCCCCCAGCGUUUCUUUGGCCCAGGAGGACUCUAUCGGCCGCUUGUAUGGGCUUUCCUGGUGGGAGCGGUAGCCCCUCUCGCCACAUGGCUCCUGGGUAGGAACAACAAGAAAAGCUUUUGGCGUUUGGUCAACUUCCCCAUCUUGUUUGGCAGUCUCAGCUGGAUACCCCCUGCAACCGGGCUCAACUUUUCCAUCUGGGCCGUUGUAUGUCUCGUAUUCAACUAUGUGAUCCGGCGAAAGAGAACAGCCUGGUGGGAAAAGUAUGCAAUGACCUUGUCAGCUGCCCUGGACUCUGGGUUGGCAUUUGCAGUUGUCGUUGUCUUCUUUGCUUUCAUCUAUCCAGGUUGGGUUGAUGGCUUCAAAUGGUGGGGGACUGAAAUCUACAAACAGGUGAGUACCACAUGA